AGGAAGUUUGCAUUGGUUAACGGUUACAAAUAACAGGCUGAUAAAUAUAACUGGUAAAUAAAACUAAACAUAAAUUAACUUUUACAUGCCUUUUUGUACACCAUUUGCCAACGCAAGAAAUAGUUGCUUCUUUAUCAGAAUAAAGUGGUUUACAAAUGUAACUAAAUUGGGUGUAUUAUUUUCGUACAGAUAUUAUAAUACGUGUAAGUGAUAGAUAUACGCAUUCGAUGCCAGCAAGUAUUUGGACUAAACCAGAUCAUCAAUCGCGAUAUUGUGAACACUCUUCAGUAAAGAUGUCGAAUUCCAACUUUACAGAAUACGCAAAGGAUACUAAAAGUAGUCGUUGGGAGAACGAAGCAAAAUACCAGCAAUAUUCAACACAGUACCAAAACGGAAGUAAAACUUCAGAAGCAUGGACAAGUAGUGAUACAGAUACGAUAUUUCAUUCAACCUCAUUAAAAAAGUGUACACCAUCUAACAACCGCACAUCGGUAGACAACAAACUUCAUUUUAUCGCUGGCGGUGUCGCUGGUUGCGCAGCAACAAUUGUGACGUGUCCUAUCGACGUCAUUAAAACUCGACAGCAAUCAUCCUCCGGAAUUGCAACCACCCAAGCAAAACUUAGCUUUCCAUCUAGCACACCCAAAGGCACGAACACUCGGCUGAUGACAGUUUUCGCCCGUGGCUCAUUGCGCAAUACUCAUCACACCGGCGUUGUACAGCCCGCCUUGAGCAUACAAAAGAGCAGCAUACUGCAACACUGCAGGUACAUAUUAAAAGUAGAAGGUGGCAAAGCGUUCUUUAAAGGUCUUGGUAUUGGAUUAGUCGGCUCUGUUCCCUCCAGAGCUCUUUACUUCUGGACGUACAAUGCAACAAAAAUCGGGCUUGUCGCGGACUUUGGACUUAAAGCAAAUUCGAUGCCCACAAGCAUCAUCGCCGCGUCUGCCGGUGGCUUAGUGGCAACAACGGCAACUUGUCCCCUGUGGGUGUUAAAGACAAAGCAACAGCUUCACAGAAGAUUGAACAACUCGUCGUUAAGUUGUUUCGAAUGUGCGAAACAAGUGUGGCGCAGUGAAGGUUGGAAAGGCUUCUACAGAGGUCUUACCGCAUCUUAUGCAGGAAUUGUUGAAACUGUUAUUUACUUCACCAUAUAUGAACAUUUAAAGUCAUGGUACAUGAAGAGACAUAACAUGGACGUUUCCGGAGCGCACAGUUCUAUGUCUAGCUGGUGGGAACUGCCAGGGUUAAUGGUUAUAUCGUCUGCCUCGAAAUGUGUCGCCACUAGCAUUGUAUAUCCACACGAGGUUGCACGUACCAGAUUAAGAGAAGAGCCAGUUCAACAGCGUUACAGUGGUUUCUGGCAAACGUUGCGUGACGUGGCAAAAACCGAAGGAAGAAUUGGUUUAUACGGCGGCUUGCCUGCUCAGCUUGUUCGGCAGGUUCCGAAUAUGGCAAUACUAAUGGGAGUAUACGAAACUGUCGUGUAUCUGGGACAAAACUAACAAUAGCUUCUACUUCAAUGUUCGUGCUUGGUGUUUUAGUGGUUGCAAGUUCCACUGUGGCUGCAAAGUAAAUCAACCUUCAAUUGUCAUGUGGCAUAUGUGCUGAGACAAUAAAUGUGUUAAUGAUGGGUAGAAAUGAACUUUAAGUGCAAUUUAAUUGCGUCCCUGUGCUUGAACAACGAUGCUUUCAUUUUUCCGUUUAUUUUUUAUCAAUAAAUUCGAAAAACCCGAAUGGCGUCAGUGUUUUUACAGCAACAUCUUAUAGUUAUAUAUAGUGUAUAAGAUAGACUGUGACG